AUGUCAAGAAUUGGGAUUCGUAUGCUAAUUGGUCAACAUGUGGCAUUACAUGAACCAAACCCACCAUCAGAUCGUAUUGGUUCCAUACAUGCAAAAAUGUCUCCAGUAGAAGUAGAAAGGCAUGCUAGUGAAGAUGCAAGAUCUGUUUGUUUAUGUGAGUAUGGCAGUGCACCUGAUGUUAAGGUCUAUGGUGAUCCUGAUUUCAUAUUCCCUUAUGUCCCUACACAUUUGCAUUUGAUGGUGUUUGAGUUGGUUAAAAAUUCAUUGUGUGCUGUUGAAGAGCGAAUUAUGGAUUUGGAGAAACUCGCACCUCCUAUUCGGAUAAUAGGAUAA